UACGCGGAUCGAUCGCCUGCGAGUAGUCGGAGCGGAAGUGAGCCUCCUCUCUUUUCCGGAGAUCUUCGCCGUAGGCGUCCCUGCACAAGUGAUCGAGCUCCUCCCAAUCUCCCUCUGAGGCUGCUUGACAAUGGCUGACACGAAGGCGGUAACUAUCCGUACGAGAAAGUUCAUGACGAACAGGCUUCUCGCCCGGAAGCAAUUCGUGAUCGACGUCCUGCAUCCCGGCAGAGCCAAUGUUUCCAAGGUCGAAUUGAAGGAGAAAUUGGGCAAGAUGUACGACGUUCGUGACCCGAACACCAUCUUCGUCUUCAAGUUCCGAACACACUUCGGAGGCGGAAAGUCGACGGGCUUCGGUUUGAUCUACGAUACCGUCGAGAACGCGAAGAAGUACGAGCCGAAGUAUAGGCUUAUAAGGAAUGGGCUGGCUACAAAGGUGGAGAAAUCUAGGAAGCAAAUGAAGGAAAGGAAAAACAGAUCCAAGAAAGUCCGUGGUGUCAAGAAGACGAAGGCUGGAGAUGCAGCUAAAGCCGGAAAGAAGAAGUGAGGAAGCGGUUCUAAGGAUUUCUUGGAGUUCACUUUGUAUUUUGUUCAUUUUCGUCUUUUGAUGCUAUGUCAUGAUUUUAGAUACGGCUUGCAAACAUUUUUAUGGUAGAUCCUAGGGCCCUAAAUUUUGUUUCUGUUUCAAGAUUUCGGUACAUUAAAUUAAAAGGAUCCUUUUCUUGUUUC